AUGAUCACAGGUGUGGGCAUGAUCACAGGUGUGGGCUGGAUCACAGGUGUGGGCAUGAUCACAGGUGUGUUCUGGAUCACAGGUGUGGACUGGAUCACAGGUGUGGGCUGGAUCACAGGUGUGUUCUGGAUCACAGGUGUGUUCUGGAUCACAGGUGUGGACUGGAUCACAGGUGUGGGCAUGAUCACAGGUGUGGGCUGGAUCACAGGUGUGGGCUGGAUCACAGGUGUGGGCAUGAUCACAGGUGUGGACUGGAUCACAGGUGUGGACUGGAUCACAGGUGUGGGCUGGAUCACAGGUGUGUUCUGGAUCACAGGUGUGUUCUGGAUCACAGGUGUGGGCUGGAUCACAGGUGUGGGCAUGAUCACAGGUGUGGGCAUGAUCACAGGUGUGGGCUGGAUCACAGGUGUGGACUGGAUCACAGGUGUGGGCUGGAUCACAGGUGUGGACUGGAUCACAGGUGUGGACUGGAUCACAGGUGUGGGCUGGAUCACAGGUGUGGGCAUGAUCACAGGUGUGGACUGGAUCACAGGUGUGGACUGGAUCACAGGUGUGGGCAUGAUCACAGGUGUGGACUGGAUCACAGGUGUGGACUGGAUCACAGGUGUGGGCAUGAUCACAGGUGUGUUCUGGAUCACAGGUGUGUUCUGGAUCACAGGUGUGGACUGGAUCACAGGUGUGGACUGGAUCACAGGUGUGUUCUGGAUCACAGGUGUGGACUGGAUCACAGGUGUGGGCUGGAUCACAGGUGUGGGCUGGAUCACAGGUGUGUUCUGGAUCACAGGUGUGGACUGGAUCACAGGUGUGGGCAUGAUCACAGGUGUGGACUGGAUCACAGGUGUGGACUGGAUCACAGGUGUGGGCAUGAUCACAGGUGUGUUCUGGAUCACAGGUGUGUUCUGGAUCACAGGUGUGGGCUGGAUCACAGGUGUGUUCUGGAUCACAGGUGUGGACUGGAUCACAGGUGUGGGCUGGAUCACAGGUGUGGGCUGGAUCACAGGUGUGGGCUGGAUCACAGGUGUGGGCUGGAUCACAGGUGUGUCCUGCGGCCGGGUUUUAAAUGUGAUUCCCAAGAAUUGGUCCGUCCGGAAUCGGAUCAAUACGCGGCUUGGUGGAGCAAGGGAACAGUACAGCAGAACCUCACAGCUACAGAACCUCACAGCUGCAGAACCUCACAGCAGCAGAACCUCUCAGCUACAGAACCUCACAGCUACAGAACCUCACAGCAGCAGAACCUCUCAGCUACAGAACCUCACAGCAACAGAACCUCACAGCAACAGAACCUCACAGCUGCAGAACCUCACAGCAGCAAAACCUCACUGCUGCAGAACCUCACAGCAACAGAACCUCACAGCUACAGAACCUCACUGCUGCAGAACCUCACAGCUGCAGAACCUCACUGCUGCAGAACCUCACAGCAACAGAACCUCACAGCUGCAGAACCUCACAGCAGCAAAACCUCACUGCUGCAGAACCUCACAGCAACAGAACCUCAUUGCUACAGAACCUCACUGCUGCGGAACCUCACAGCUACAGAACCUCACAGCUGCAGAACCUCACAGCAACAGAACUUCACAGCAACAGAACCUCACAGCUGCAGAACCUCACAGCAGCAGAACCUCACAGCUGCAGAACCUCACUGCUACAGAACAUCACAGCAACAGAACCUCACAGCAACAGAACCUCACAGCAGCAGAACCUCACAGCAACAGAACCUCGCAGCAACAGAACCUCAUUGCUACAGAACCUCACAACUGCAGAACCUCACAGCUACAGAACCUCACAGCUGCAGAACCUCACAGCUGCAGAACUUCACAACUGCAGAACCUCACUGCUACAGAACCUCACUGCUACAGAACCUCACAGCCACAGAACCUCACAGCAACAGAACCUCACAGCUGUAGAACCUCACAGCAACAGAACCUCACAGCUGUAGAACCUCACAGCAGCAGAACCUCACAGCUGCAGAACCUCACAGCAACAGAACCUCACAGCAGCAGAACCUCACAGCAGCAGAACCUAACAGCUGCAGAACCUCACAGCUGCAGAACCUCACAGCUACAGAACCUCACAGCUGCAGAACCUCACAGCUACAGAACCUCACAGCUGCAGAACCUCACAGCUGCAGAACCUCACUGCUGCAGAACCUCACUGCUGCAGAACCUCACUGCUGCAGAACCUCACUGA